AUGUUCUUCGAGGCCGGCCUCAUGGAGUCAGUCCUCGAGGCGGAGCUCUACCAGGGCGGUAGCAGUACUGCUGCCGCUUCAGCGGCUGCUGCUGAGGCGGCGGCUGUGGAGGCGGCAGUAGCAGCAGCGGCAGCUGCGGCCUCCUUAGGAGCAGCCGCCUCCUCAGGAGAAGCCGUAGCGACUUCUGAGAAAGCUGCUGCGGCUACUUCCACCUCCAAAGGAGAACGCUCCUCGGCAAGGGCGGCGGCGCUGGAGAAGCAGCAGCAGCAGACGUCGGCGGCGGCUGUCAACGGCACUGCUGGAAAUGCUGCUGGUGCUGGGAAGAAGGACACCACCAAGG